GAGCUGAGACUUUCUAGUGUACUGGCAGCUGUCGCUCCCAAUUCUGCCAGCUGGUAACAGCUCCGAAAGGCUCGCUCCGGCACCUCGCGACCCUCUGACCCGAAGUUCACCAAAACUUUCGGGAGACGGACCAGCCCCGGCGGCGGCGCACCACGACAACGCGACAAGAAAUUGGACCGACUAGCCAGCGGCCCCGAGGCAGCAGAAGUACGGCAAGAUCUUGGCCCGACUCAGCAUGCAAUCCCCGCUCCUCCAGGCGGCGCUGCGGCGGCCGACCGCCCAGCUGCUUCCUCGCUGCGCUCUACCGACAUCAAGCUGCCCAGCCGCUGCACGUCCCUUCUCCAACCUCCCCACCCUUCGUCCAACCCUCCUGCACCCGUCCACCACCACCACCGUCUUCCGCGCCCCGAACCAGACAUUACUCUCAUCACCAACCCUCACCACAACGGCAGCCACCACAACAACGACAACAACCGCAGCAGAAGCCGGCUGCCAGACGACGCUGCUGCUGGACCUGCUCCCCAAGCGCGCCAUCACGUCGCACCCGGCGCUGGCCGGCUGCGCCAGCCAGAUCCGCUGCGGGCCGCGCCCGACCAUGGCCCGCGCCACGCGGCUCAUCCAGAAGCGCCGCCACGGCUUCCUCAGCCGCGUCAAGACGCAGUCCGGGCGCAAGACGCUUGCGCGGCGGAAGGCCAAGGGGCGGAAGCGCUUGAGUGCUUGAUUUUUUGUUUUGGUCUUUCUUUGGUGUUUGGUGGUUGUUGUUUGCGCUGCGCCUGCGUUGCGUUGCGGUGUUCGGUUGGGCUGGGUGCCAUCCAUGGAUGGAUGGAUAGGUAGAUCAGGGAGGGAGACAGUUCAUUGAGUAACUGGGAUCGUGAUGGAGGGGGGCUGUAUAUUACCGACCGAUGCCAGAGGGAAACGGCAAAAUGUAUUAUAUCGGGAUAUAGACGCCGUUUUGAGGGUUGGAAUCAUGAGCAUACAGAAAGCGCUCCGCUUCCUGUUUCAUUGAAGGGAUUUGUGGGUAGGAUUGGGGAGGAUGCCUCACCGUUGUGUCGGCGUUCUGGGCCCCUACUUCGCUCAAAC